CGGGUAAACGUCGCCCGCACGAGCCAUGAACUGACUCUGACGCCAGUUCGUGAACCGUUCACGCUUUUUUACGUUUUUCCGUUUAUUCUUCUCUACGUCCGGCGACGAGCCGUGUCUUACGGAGCACAAGCUCCUCGCGGAUUAAAGGCUGACGAGUGGCUCUUAAUUUUUUUUAAAUUUUUGAAUUAACAAAUAUAAACCAAUAAAACAAGUGUGUCGUGCCUGGUGGUAGUGCGUGCUAGUGAGUGAUCACCACGGGGGUGUGCGAUGGCGGUGGCUGCGGAGCCGUGGCGGAAAAGUGGCUGCCACUUCCGGAGAACGCGGCUUCUCGCAGCAGCCCUCGUCCUAUUUGCUCAGGUCGCGGUGAUCGGGUCUUCCAGACGAUCCGGUGAUCCCACUUCUCUGUCGAUUCUACCACGCGAUGGCAGCGGAGGUUCCUGUCCACCUGGGUCGUUUCGAUGCCUUGAAGGUACUUGCAUCCCGGGUGUACGGGUCUGCAACUACCAACGUGACUGUGCCAAUGGGGAGGACGAGUUGCACAACUGUCCACCGCCCGAAUGUGAUAUCGGCCAGAUUACUUGCAACCAAUAUAUUUUCAAUAAAACUUACUGUAUUCCACCUCAUCAAAAAUGCGACGUGACUGUAGACUGCGUCGAUGGUUCCGACGAAGCCAGUUGCAUUUACAGAAAGUGUCAGCCUGAUGACGUGCGCUGCGGCGGUACCAAUCCUGAGCUUUGCUUUCCCAAGUCAAAGAAGUGCGACGGCUACCUGGACUGUCGUAAUGGCAAAGACGAAGAAGGUUGUCCGACCGAUGCAAAACCUUGUAGACUCGGUCAAUUCAGAUGCAACACGACGCUGCGAUGCGUCGAGCAGACUGCCAGAUGCAACCACAGGGAUGACUGCGGUGACAAUAGCGACGAGGAGCACUGCAGUUUCGCUCAGUGCACAGCUGACCAAUUUCGAUGCGCCAAUGCAAUAUGCAUGCCCAAGGGUUUUCGCUGUGACGGCUAUCGGGAUUGCACUGACGGCUCUGACGAGAAGGAUUGCACGACCACUGUGUGUCCGAGUAAUAAGUUUCUUUGCGCCAAAGAUAACGGCGAGAAGCCUGUCUGCAUGGACAAGUCAAAGUUAUGCGAUGGAAAGAAGGAUUGUGCUGAUGGUGCUGACGAGGAAGCUGCUUGCUCUGUUAACAUGUGCGGGGCACUGAGUUGUCAGUACAAGUGUCACGCGUCUCCUGACGGAGGUGUAUGCUCGUGUCCUGAGGGACGUAUUCUUGGCAAUGAUUCAAGAAGCUGUAUAGACAGAGACGAGUGCUCGGAAUGGGGCUUUUGCGAGCAGCUAUGCCAGAAUACAGAUGGUUCCUACAUCUGCAGCUGCGCCCCCGGGUACGUUUUGCACGGUCGUAAUCAGUGCAGGGCUGAGAACACAUCAGCGCUGGAGUUGCUGCUCGCUGAGGAUCGUUCCAUCUGGAGGAUGAAAGCUACCGGUGACGACGUAACGCAGAUCGCCAUUCCUACUGGUGCCAGUGGUAUCGAUUACUACUAUAGCACGAACCUCUUCUUCUGGAGCGACAUCAAGACCAGAAAAGUUCAUUCUCAAUCGCUUAAUGGUAACGCGAGUAGUUCGGAUUUGGAAAUAUCACUUCCUGGUUCCUGGUCACCGAUUUCUAUUGCUGUCGACUGGAUCGGGCAGAAGCUGUACGUCGUGGACUCAGUCGUGCAGAAGAUCGAUGUCUUUGAGCUGAACGGACGUUAUCACGGUAUAGCCCUGGGCUCCAAUCUUACUGGUCCUGUUGAUAUUGCCCUGGAUCCUACCGUCGGUCUGAUGUUCAUUGCUGAUACGAAACAAGUGCUACGGGCGAACAUGGACGGGACCUCGACGUUUCCUAUCGUUUCCGAAGCGGCCUACAAAGUCUCGGGUGUUGCCGUUGAUGUUAUCACGGGACGUGUUUAUUGGUGCGAUUCGCUUUUAGAUUAUAUUGAGACUGCGGAUUACAUGGGUCGGGGUAGAGUAAUGGUGCUAAGGGGUGCCAGCGUUCCUUCGCCCCUUAGACUCACUAUGUUUGAGAACAGAAUAUUUUGGUCGGACAGCACCAAACAGGCAGUGAUGAGCGUCGACAAGACUCAGGGCGAUUAUUCCAUACAGAGCAUCUUCAAGGCGAGAGAAGCCAAGGCCGUUAAGGUUCUGCAUCCUCUGGCGCAACCGAUGGUUUCAAAUCCCUGUGGUAACAACAACGGCGGCUGUCAGCAUAUGUGUAUAGUAACAGCUGCUGGAGGUCGCGAAACGGGAUUGGCUUAUCGUUGCGCCUGCAAUAUCGGUUGGAGAUUGUCCACUGAUCAGAGAAAUUGUAACCUGGUUCAAGAGUUCCUUAUGUACACUCAGCAGAGAUUCAUCAAGGGCAGAGUCCUGGACCCUGUCAUGGAAGGAUUCAGUGAUGCGAUACUGCCUGUUGUCUCAAGAAGAGCCAGAUUUGUCGGCCUGGACUACGAUGCUCAUGAUCAGUACAUCUACUACAGCGACGUACUCCAGGAUGUGAUCUAUCGCGUGCACCAGAACGGUACCGGAAGGGAAAUUGUUUUAGCUAGUCAGAACGAAGGUGUUGAGGGUCUUGCGGUCGACUGGGCCGCCAAGAAUCUUUAUUAUAUUGAUUCUCGUAAAGGUACCUUGAACGUCCUCAGUACUAGGAACGUCACUUACCGCAGAACUCUUCUGAAGAAUCUCAAGAGACCCAGAGCCAUUGUUAUACAUCCUAACCACGGUUAUAUAUUUUUCUCUGAAUGGGACAGACCUGCCAACAUCAGCAGAGCUCAUGCGGAUGGCUCCAAUUUGAUGGUCUUUAAAAAUCUUACUCUGGGUUGGCCCAAUGGAUUGGCUAUUGAUUUCACCAAGGAUAGGCUCUACUGGUGUGACGCUCUUCUGGAUCAUGUCCAACAUUCAAAUCUCGACGGUACCGAUGUCAAAACUAUCAGCUCACGGCUCAUACGGCAUCCUUUCUCGAUAGCCAUCCAUGAGCAGUGGAUGUACAUUACCGACUGGAGACUCGACGCUAUUGUGAGAUUGAACAAAGAAACUGGAGAACAGGAAUCGAUUCUUGUGAGUGAACCACCCACGAAUCGUCUGUACGGUGUGAAGGUGUUCAGUCGUGACAUUCAGAGCCCUACCUCUGAUAAUCCUUGCUCAAUAAACAACGGAGGCUGUGAGAAACUGUGCUUCGCAAUACCCCAAAACAAUACUAACCGCUUCAGAACAUCUAAACUUACUGGAGUUUGCGGCUGUCCCUAUGGCGAGAGACUUCAAGGUAACGGAAGGACCUGCGCUGCUGAUCCGGAGACGGAACCACCCGUCCUGGCAUGUCCUAAUGUGUGGGAUUUCACCUGUGCCAAUCAACGUUGCGUUCCACAGUCUUGGGUUUGCGAUGGCGAUGAUGAUUGCUUGGAUAACAGUGACGAGAUGCAGAACUGUACAAAACCGACCUGCGGUCCUAAUGAGUUUGCCUGUAAAUCUGGCAGGUGUAUCCCUAUGAGGUUCAGGUGUGACUCCGAGAACGACUGCGGGGACUACAGCGAUGAGACGGGUUGUCCAAAGGGAACUUGUAGUGGUAGUCAGUUUGCCUGCGCGAACAACCGCUGUAUCCCGUUGACGUGGAAGUGCGAUUCGGAAAAUGACUGCGGGGACAGUUCAGACGAAGGUGAAUUCUGUGCCGCCAAGACCUGUGCUUACUUCCAAUUCACCUGUCCUAGAUCAGGACACUGUAUACCUCAGUCCUGGGUCUGCGAUGGCGAUAAUGACUGUUUCGAUCAGCAGGACGAGAUGGACUGUCCUCCAGUCACUUGUCUCAGCACGCAGUUCACCUGUGCGGAUCAGAAGAUGUGCGUCCUGGAGUCGUACAAGUGCGACGGAAUCAAAGAUUGUAACGAUGCCAGUGACGAGAUUGGUUGUCCUUCGCUGGCACCAGAUCAGUGCAACCUGGAUAAACAAUUCCAAUGCGCCAGUGAUGGAAUUUGCUUACCAAAAAGCUGGUAUUGCGAUGGUACACCCGAUUGUCAGGACAAAUCUGACGAGCCGUCAACCUGCGGUGAAGUGGACUGUCCCACUGGAUAUUUCAAGUGUCAAAAUUCACAUUGUAUCUUCAAGGCUUACAUUUGUGACGGUAAGGAUGACUGUGGGGAUGGUUCUGACGAGGACUCAACGUUACAUGCCUGCGGUCCACCACCUUUCAAGUGCGACUCUCACGAGUGGAAGUGUCCUAAUGUGACAAACAAAUGCAUCAAUAUCACUAAUGUUUGCGAUAGUCAUCCUGAUUGUCCUAAUGGCGCUGAUGAAGGCUUAGGUUGUAUCCUGGCUGAAUGCCAGCAUCAGGAUGGGCUCUGCAGUAACGAGUGUAUACAAACUCCACUGGGUGCACAGUGCGUAUGUCCACCUGGUGAAGAAUUAAGCGCUGAUAAAUUCACAUGUCAGGAUACGAACGAGUGCGAUCCACCAGGACGUUGCUCUCAGCAAUGUACCAAUACCAAAGGAAGUUACUUCUGUAGCUGCGUCGAUGGUUACCUCCUGGAACGUGACAAUCAUACCUGCAAGGCUUUCAAUCACAGCGCUGCCUUCCUCAUAAUUUCCAACAGACACACGAUCCUUGUCGCCGACCUGCAGGACCAAGUUUUGGAGAGAGUAUCGGUCACGGUUGAAAAUGUUGUGGCAAUUGCCAGUAAUAUGCACACUGGUACUAUAUUCUGGUCGGAUAUGAAACUGAAGAAGAUCUCGAGGCUAGACAGAGGUAGUGAUCCCCAGGAUGUGAUAUCGACUGGACUGGACUUGGUAGAAGGACUCGCCUACGAUUGGAUUGGUCAGAAUUUAUAUUGGUUGGAUUCAAAAUUAAAUACAAUAGAAGUAGCCAAGGAGACUGGUGCCAACAGGAUGGUCCUAGUUAAAGAGAACAUUACCCAACCCCGAGGGAUGUGUCUGGAUCCGAGUCCUGGCACGCGUUGGUUGUUCUGGACAGACUGGGGCGAGAAUCCACGUAUAGAAAGAAUUGGAAUGGAUGGAACUAAUCGCUCGACUAUUAUCAGCAGUAAAAUUUAUUGGCCUAAUGGUUUAGCCCUGGACAUAGCCAACAAGAGGAUCUACUUUGCAGAUAGCAAACUGGACUUUAUCGAUACGUGUCUCUACGACGGUUCUGGAAGACAACAAGUCCUUGCUAGCUCCCAUUACCUUCUUCAUCCUCACUCUCUUACCUUGUUCGAGGAUACGAUGUACUGGACUGAUAGACAACUUAAUCGAGUUUUGUCUGCACACAAGUUUAAGGGUACCAAUCAAACUGUCAUCUCGCAUCUGAUCUCCCAACCGCUUUCCAUCCAUGUUCACCAUCCUGUACUUCAACCUAUUUUACCAAAUCCUUGUGCUAAUAAUACCUGUGCUCAUCUGUGCUUGUUGUCACCUAGUACUUCCUCAGGAUACAGAUGCAAGUGUCAAGUAGGCUUCAAACUCAUGCCUGAUGGUAAUUGUGUUGAAGAAGAUACACCUUAUCUAAUGAUCCUACGUGGAUCACAGAUAGUCGAUGUCUCUCUGACUCCUGGUGAUACGACAACUGGAUACAUCACCCCAGUCGUCGGCGUGGAAGGUGGCAGGUUCAUCGAUUACGAUCGACGGGACAAGAUUAUAUACUGGAUUCAAGGAAAGGAGGGUGAUGAGGAGAAUGGAACCAUUUAUACUAUCCCCUAUCUAGGUGGCAACAGAACCGAAUUCCCAAAUCCGGCGGGAGACACAGGAAUCGUUGGUUCCCCAUAUACAUUUGCUCUGGAUUGGCUUGGUAGAAAUCUCUUUAUCGGUAAUAAAUUCGCCUCUAAUAUAGAAGCCAUUAAAUUGGAUGGAAAGAUCAAGUACAGGACCAUCAUUUUGGCAAAUGACGGUAAUAAGUACUCCGUAGCCAAGCCGAAAUCCAUGUGUGUUGAUCCUCUAGAAGGUCACAUCUUCUGGGUCGACGAAGGUGGUUUUGGCGUACCAGUCAAAAUAGGAAGAGUCAACAUGGACGGUAGCAAUCCUCUCGUCCUGCUUGAGAGUAACGAGAGGCUGGAAGCUAUCACUAUAGACAUCCCUAGUAAAUUGAUCUAUUACAGUACUCAGUAUCCUUGUUUCAUCAAGUCUAUGACCACCGAUGGAACUCUUACCAAUGUUAUUCUCUCCGCAGUCAAUAACAUAGCUCUUCCUAAGGCCCUGGCUGUUCAUGACUCGAAGCUCUACUAUCUGGAUCAGCUGCAUGACAAAGUAGAGAGAGUAGAUCUGCCCAAAGGCAACAAUCCAAAAAUCAUCAUUGAUAAUGAUUCAGAGUUGAAGACUCUUACCAUCUAUAAGAAACGUGUCACUGGUUCGCACCCUUGUCUUAAUGGAAAUGGAGGCUGCGAACAACUAUGUCUACCAUCUACUGGUGGCACAAGGGUCUGCGCAUGUGGAAUAGAGUAUUACAAUGUCAGUGAUACCAGAUGUGAACCUUUCAAGACAUUCGCAGUUGUCACCCAAUUGGAUGUGGCUAGAGGAUACAGUCUGAGUGAUGCAAAAGAGGCAAUGGUACCAAUUGCAGGAAGUGGUCAUCAUAUUCUUCACGUGGACGUCCUUUAUGCUGAGAACUGGAUCUACUGGGUGGAAUUUAAUAGAGGCAUGUGGAAUGGAAUCUACAGGGUGAGACCUAACGGUACCGAGAUUCAGCAAAUUAUUAAAGAUGGCAUUGGCUCCAAUGGUAUCCGUGGUCUGACUAUCGACUGGAUAGCUGGAAAUCUUUAUUUCUCGAACGUGUUCCCCCACGACAAUUACGUGGAGGUGUGCCGACUUGAUGGUAGCAAUAGAAAAAUUCUAGUUAAGACGACUACGGAUGCGCCCAGAGAACUAGCUGUAAAUCCAAUCAAGAGAUUACUGUACUGGAUUGAUUACGGUCAAUAUCCUAAGAUAGGAAAGGCUUAUUUAGAUGGUACCAACUGGACACCAGUGGUUACAUCCGGUAUCAGUACACCGCGCGACCUUGCAAUUGAUAUCAUGACCCACGACGUCUACUGGGUGGACUCCAAAUUCGAUGUGAUACAGAAGGUCUCGUAUACCGGUGGUAAUCAACAGGUCAUCAGACGGAACUUACCCAAUCCUAUGGGAGUAGCUAUCUACGGUAUGGACGUCUACUGGGUUGACCGAAAUUUAGCAACUGUCUUCCGAGCCAGCAAGCAGCCUGGAAACAUAAGUCUGCCCAUCCCGGUCAGGACAAACUUACCUAAACUCAGGGAUAUUGUUAUAUACGAUCAGAGCACCCAACCGUCCGACAAUACGAAUCCUUGUGCUGGUAACAACUAUGGCGGUUGUCAACAACUUUGCUUUGCAUUCCCAUCCUCGAGUCCAAGUUUGCAGAAGUGCGACUGCGCCACUGGAAAGUUGUCGGCUGAUGGGAAGUCUUGUGAAAAUGUAGCAGAGUACCUUGUCUUUGCGACAAGAACAGAAAUAAGGUCCAUUAAUUUGGAUACCCGCGUGACGAGUAUUCCCUUCAAACCAGUAGGCAACCUGACAAACGUGGUGGGUGUAGAUUUUGACUACCAGGACAAGAAGUUACUCUUUACUCAGAUCAGACCCUGGACUAAGAUCGCUUGGAUGCAGGCCGACAACCCUUCAUCGAUGGACAUUCACAAUCUCAUCACCAAAGGCAUCAAUCCCGAGGGAAUAUCCUACGAUUGGACCCAGAAAAAGAUUUACUGGACUGAUUCGUCGAACAAUAGUAUCUACGCCAUGAACAUCGACGGGUCUGACCUGGUGAUGAUAGCUCGUGUCGAUAGACCAAGGGCCAUUGUCGUAGAUCCUUGUAACGGGACGCUUUACUUUACCGACUGGGGCCGAUUUGGCACUUCAGGAAAGAUCUUCAGGACGACCAUGGCUGGUUCUUUGAAGAAGGCUAUUAUCGAGCACGAUUUGUCCCAGCCCAGUGGCCUGGCUGUGGAUUAUGAUGAGCAGAUGCUGUACUGGACGGACGCGGUGCGUGAGAAAAUUGAAAGAUCCGACCUGGACGGGAACAACAGGCAAGUCCUAGUCAGCGCCACUAUCUAUCCCUUCGCUAUAACAGUGUUCAGAGAGCACAUCUACUGGACGGAUCUUCAACUGAGAGGAGUUUACCGUGCCGAAAAGCACACUGGAGCUAACAAAGUAGAAUUGGUAAAGCGUUUAGAAGACUCACCGAGGGACCUUCACAUUUUUUCACCAGCCAGACAACAGUGCAGUGUCAAUCCGUGCAAUAUUAGGAAUGGCGGCUGUGAUCAGUCAUGUCAUCCAGCACCCAAUGGUUCGGCGGAAUGUAAAUGCGACGACAACAGCAGACUGGUCAACGACGGCAGAAUGUGUGUACCUAAGAAUGUCACCUGCGAUUCUCCGAAAUUUGCCUGCAGAAAUGGCAAAUGUAUCUCACGAAUGUGGGCCUGCGACGGCGAUGACGACUGCGGCGACGGAUCAGACGAGGAUACCAACUAUUGCUCUUACCAUUCAUGCAGUCCCAAUGAGUUCCGCUGCAACAACGGUCGCUGCAUCUACAAAACGUGGAAGUGCGAUCAUGAGAAUGAUUGCCGCGACGGCAGCGACGAAGAGGGUUGCGUUUAUCCAGAAUGUGGACCAGAAGAAUUCACGUGCGCCAAUUAUCGCUGCAUACCCUUGUCUCAGGUCUGUAACGGUGUCAAUGACUGCAAGGACAAUGUCACUUCUGAUGAGACACACGAGCGGUGUCCAAGGAACACAACCUGUCCACGACAUCAUCUCAAGUGUGAGAAAACAAACAUCUGCGUCGAACCUUAUUGGCUCUGCGAUGGCGAUAACGAUUGCGGAGAUAACAGCGACGAAGACCCGCUUCAUUGUGCUCAGAGAACGUGUCCUCAGAACAGCUUUCGCUGUCCUAAUCACAGGUGUAUACCAGCGACCUGGCACUGCGACGGUGACGAUGAUUGCUUGGAUGGAAGUGACGAACCGCCAGAAUAUUGUCAUUCGGAGAGCAGGACUUGUUUCGGUGAUUUGUUUACUUGUGACAAUGGAAACUGUAUACCUAGGAUUUACAUAUGCGACGGGGAUAACGAUUGUCUUGAUAAUUCUGACGAAGACGAACGUCAUCAGUGCAAUGAUAGAAAGUGUGACGAAGAGACUGAGUUCACAUGCACAGCUAACAAAGCCUGGAACAGGGCCCAGUGCAUUCCCAAGAAGUGGCUCUGUGAUGGGGAUCCUGACUGCGUGGAUGGUGCUGAUGAGAAUGUAACCUUGCAUCAUUGUCCUGAACCGGUAUCUUGUGGCGAGGAUCGAUUCACCUGUAACAACGGAAGAUGCCUCAAUAAAAACUGGCUUUGCGAUCAUGACAAUGACUGCGGCGACGGGAGUGACGAAGGGAAAUUCUGCAACUCCAAAUACAAGGCUUGCACUUCGAACGAAUUCACCUGUCACAACUUCAAGUGCAUCAGGAAGCAAUUCCGUUGCGACGGUCAGGACGACUGCGGCGAUCAAUCAGACGAAGCGGACUGUCCAAGCAAAGACAAAGGCAGCACGUGUGCCAAUCCAAACGAAUUCCAAUGCGCAAACAAAAUGUGCAUUGACCAACAAUUGGUGUGCAACAAAGAACCAGACUGUGCAGACGAGAGCGAUGAACCAGCUCAUUGCAACGUGGACGAAUGUGCUCAAGUAGAGAUGAAUCAGUGCGGUCACAGAUGUGUAGAUACUCCGACUAGUUUCUAUUGCGAGUGCAAUCCGGGAUAUAAACUCCUGAAGGACGGGAAAGCUUGUGCGGAUAUCGACGAGUGCAUAGAGACGCCCCAGGUGUGUAGCCAACAGUGCGAGAACACUCCGGGUAGUUACUAUUGUAAGUGCAACGAGCUCUACUACGACCGUGCUGCGGAUGAGCACACGUGUAAACGUCGUGACAACAUAGAGCCAUGGCUCAUCUUCACGAACAAGUACUACGUUAGGAACAUGACAACGGAUGCUUCCCAAUAUAGUCUCAUGCACCAGGAUCUCAUUAAUGUCGUUGCCCUUGACGCGGACUACGUCCAGGAGAAGCUUUACUUCUGUGAUGUUACUGCUAAAACAAUAUUCAGGGCGUCAUUGGCAGGAGGUGAAAAGGAACCAAUAAUUAGGCACGACAGUCAUGGUCUUGAAGGUAUUGCUGUUGAUUGGAUAGGACGUAAACUUUAUUGGCUGGAUAGACACUCCAAACACUUGGAGGUAGCUGAACUUGAUGGUACCAAUAGAAAGACAUUGCUGAAUGGAGUCAUUGAUCCAAGAGCAAUAGUCGUUCAUCCUGGUACUGGAUACCUGUACUUCACAUCCUGGCAUCUUCAGGCUUACAUUGGUAAAAUGGGAAUGGACGGUAGCAACUUCACGCGAAUCUUAACCUGGAACGAUGGUCUGGCUUGGCCCAACGCACUCACUAUCGACUACUUCACUGAUAGGAUCUUCUGGGCUGAUGCUCAUCUUCAUUACAUUGAUUUUGCUGAUCUGGAGGGUCACAAUCGUCGCAGAGUACUCUCUGGUACGGCAGUGCCCCACGUGUUUGCCAUAACGGUAUUCGAUGACUACAUCUACUGGACAGACUGGAACCUCAAGGCUAUCAGCAAGGCAGAGAAAUUCUCUGGUUCUCAUCUCAAAGUUCUACGCAACACGACUCACAGGCCAUAUGACAUCCACGUCUACCAUCCGCUCAGACAGCUUCCUUACAAUAAUCCCUGUUUGAAGAAUAAUUGCUCCCAUCUUUGUCUAAUUUCACCACCAGCGAGUUCUUACUUGCUAGAAGGUUACGGUCAACCUGGCAUCACUUCCUACAAGUGCGCUUGCCCGAAUCAAUUUUAUCUAGACCAGCAUGGCAGAACCUGCAGAGCCAAUUGUACAGAUGGACAGCAUCGAUGUGGACCACCUGAUGAGAAGUGUAUACCCUGGUACUGGAAGUGCGACGGUGAAAAAGAUUGUAAGGAUGGUUCGGACGAGUCCAUGGCCUGUCCAACACGUCGGUGCCGCUCUGGAAUGUUCCAAUGCACGAAUGGCAACUGUACAGCUAGUGCCACAGUGUGCGACGGUGCCGACGACUGUGGCGACAAGAGCGACGAAGCUCAUUGCUCUCUAGAAUGUCCUGAGCUCGAGUUCAAGUGCAAAUCAAAUGGUCGCUGUAUUCAUAACUCAUGGAAGUGCGACGGCGACGCUGACUGUAAGGAUGGCAGUGAUGAAGAUCCGGCAAUCUGUCACAACAGAGAGUGCGAUCCCACCACAGAGUUCAGUUGCAAGAACGGCAAGUGCAUACCCAAACUAUGGAUGUGCGAUUCUGAUAAUGAUUGCGGAGAUGACAGCGACGAGCCAGCAUACAUGUGCCGACAGCAGAGCUGUCCGAUAGGAUGGGAGCGCUGUCCUGGACAGGCUAAUUAUCGUUGCAUUCCCAAGUGGCUCUUCUGCGACGGCAAGGGCGACUGUCGUGAUGGUUCUGACGAGCGUCCUGAGAGCUGUCCCAAGUGCAACCCGGAAACUGACUUCAAGUGCGCUAACAAGAGAUGCGUACCCAAGGCGUGGUUGUGUGACUUCACUAAUGACUGCGGCGACGGGAGUGACGAGGACGAGAACAUGUGCAAGGACCGUUACAGAGAGUGCAGCGAGUCAGAGUUCAAGUGUAAGAAUGGAAAGUGCAUCGCGUCACGAUGGAGAUGCGACCAGGAGGAUGACUGCGGAGACAAAUCUGAUGAGACCGAUUGCCAAGCCUUUGUCUGCAAGGGCGAUACAUUCCAAUGUGCAACCGGCCAUUGUAUCUCGGCGGAAUUGCGCUGCGAUGGCACACAGGAUUGUCCUGACAUGAGCGACGAGAGGGGCUGUGCUCCAAGAUAUCCUGGUGGUCGAUUUUGUCCUGAAUCGCGAUUCCAGUGCGACAACAAUCUGUGCAUUUUAAUGUCAGACAAGUGCGACGGAAAUGACGACUGCGGUGACAACUCUGACGAGAGUUCAUCUACAUGUGCUAACUUCAAGUGCGAUACUCCAACACGAUUCCAUUGCGCCAAUAAUCGUUGCAUUCACAUGUAUCAGUUAUGCAACGGAAUCGAUGACUGCGGUGAUGGGUCCGAUGAGAAUAACAUGACCCUCUGUGCUCUUCCACGGUUUACACCUUGUAAUCUAAUGACUGCUUAUCAGUGCGCUAAUAAUCAGUGCAUCGAUCGGUCUAAGGUUUGCGACUUUGCCAAUGACUGUGAUGACUCCUCAGAUGAAUUAGGAUGCCAUCAUAAUAAGCAAUGCACGGAUGGCAACAGAGGAGGCUGUGCUCACUAUUGCAGAAACAUCAGUGAUACCAGUUACAUCUGCGCUUGCUAUCCUGGCUUUAUAACUUCACAGAACAAUCGUAAACACUGCGAGGACAUUGACGAGUGCACGACGGGCCAACACCAAUGCUCGCAAAUUUGCACGAAUUACAAUGGCACCUAUGGAUGUUCUUGUCGUCAAGGAUUUGUCUCAUUGGAUAACCGCAGUGGGGUUUGUCGUGCUGUGAAAAAUGAUGUUACUUUACUCUUUGGUCAUGGUCAGUCCAUUAGAGCGUAUGACCUCAGAAGGAAGGAGCAAAUGGAUGUGGUUGUCGAUGAGAAGAGGGUGCAAGAUAUCGAUUACGAUCCGCGGAUGGAAUACGUCUUUUGGAUCGAUUCUCAUGACAAUACGAUCAAGAGAUCAUACAUGAUCAACGCCAAAGACGGGGACGUUAAGAUAGGAUAUCCACAGGAUCUCAGUAUAAAGAGUGAUUCGAAACCUAUGAGCUUAGCUGUUGACUGGAUAUCUGGAAAUUUAUAUUGGAGUGAAGUGGACAUUUCGAUUGCGGGAUCACGCGGUAGAAUAAUGGUCUCGAAGUCGGAUGGUCGAUAUCGUCGUAGCCUGGUGACCCUGGGUCUCGAGGCGCCAAGCUCCGUUGUCUUAGAUCCCCAACUGGGAACCAUCUUCUGGUCGGACGCGGGUACUCAACCUAAGAUAGAAGUCGCCUGGAUGGACGGGAGCAGGAGAAGACCCUUGGUUGUAGAUAAGAUUGCUAAACCUACAGCCCUUGCUGUGGAUCAUGCGAUGGAUCACACCCUUUAUUGGGCAGAUAACAAACUGAAUACCAUUGAGUCGAUACGUCAGGAUGGUUCAAAUCGCAAGGUUAUACUGCGUGGAAAGAAACUGAAACAGCCUGUGGGACUUGACGUCUUCGAAAGUGACGUCUACUGGACCACGCAGCAGUCUGGAGAACUGAUGAAGCAGGACAAGUUUGGUCGUGGCGUUGCUGAAGUCGUUCUCAAUAAUAUCCCUACACCUGGAGGUGUCAGGGUUUACCAUGAACUGAGAUACAAUAUCAGCCUUCGAGAUCCUUGUCACAACGAUCCUUGUUCUCAUCUCUGCGUAGCCAUUCCACUUGGACACAAGUGUCUGUGUCCAGACAGUGGAGGUCCAGAGACACCUCAGACUAGCGAGAAAGACUGUGAUGCUGCAUCUGAAAGACCUAGACCAGCUCCGAGAAUUUGUCUGUGUCAGAAUGGUGGCUUCUGUAAGGAGACUGACACAAGUACGUUAGAGUGCGCAUGUCCGGACAACUUCCAUGGACAGUAUUGUGAAAUUGGUAUCAUGGCAACCAGAGGUGGCACUUCGACAGCUGCUAUUGUCGUUCCAAUAGUUGUGGCUAUUUUAGUCUUCCUAGGAGCUGCCGCUGUCUUCAUGGUUCUCAAAAAACGACCAUUUGGCAAACCUGGUGGCCUGGGUAGCCUAACCGGUGCUCAGAGUGUCUCAUUCAGGCAGGGUAGUAAUGUAGAGUUCGGUGCAUCUUCACCAGAGCGAAUGGAGCCGCUCGACGUGGAAUACAACCUCAGUGAGGUCAGCAAUAAGAACAGAGACUUCAGCAAUCCCAUGUACGAUGCCGUGAACGUGGAAACGGGUACGACGAACGGCACAAGCGGUAGCGGUAUCUACGAGGUGCCAGCUGAAAUAAAACCGUCAAGUAUCCAGCACAAAGAACCACCUCAGGUUCACCUAAAGAGGCGAGAACUGGAUCCUACGCCCAACGAUUCGGGCAAGGACACGCAACAGCUGGUAGAAGAAGACAAGUCAGAAUGCUAGGUAGUCUAACCUCCCCCAGUACGUAGAGAUGCUCUCACGCCCGUCGUAGUUUGAUCUCGAGUAUGACAAUCUAUCAAAUUCUUAGCAGCGAGCGAAAAAGACAUUACUAAUCAAUUAACCAAAAUCUUAUCAGUUGGUAUCGAACCAACGUUUCCUCCAUUAUCCUUCUAGCAACCUUGCACAACGUGAAACUCUCGUACGCACCAAGUCAAACGUACUUCUAAUCCACAGCCUCAACCUCUAACAAUAAUUUUCCUUUGAAGGCAGCUCGAUUAUCGUAAUCACCGAACAUUGCAAAAAUAACACAAAAAUACGUAACAAAAAUGAAAAAUGCAAACUUCACAAUUAUAUAAACGGACGUAUAGAGAUUUUUUAAUCUCUCAUGUGGCUAUAUUGAAAUGGCAGUUUCUCAAACCCACAUAAACCCAUUAAGGGGCAAUACACUCACAAUCAGUACAAUGCACAGCGUGGCACUAUCUUUGUUUGCUUAUAUUUACCACUCGGUGGUUAUAUUGGGAGCAUUGACAGUGGAGAAAACCACGUGUGGUUCGAUAAACUCUAUAUGUAGAUGUAUUUAAAGAGUGACGCACUAUUUCAGAAGUAUACCAAUUCUUAAAGCUGACGCGCAAUGCAAUUUUGUAACACAUAAAACCGUAACGUAUGACAUAACUAAUUUAAAAGAAUCCUUAUAUUGUUUAUUCACACAUUACAGAAGCACGUAACGUGCCUUACGCUACUUUUACGUGUUACAGAACAGUAUUGUGUCUCAUUGUCAGUCCUAAAGAUCUGCGCCAAUAAGUAUGUUUCUUGGUUGAGUAUUUAUCUUAAUGGAAAGGAUAUGAUUCAAGUGCUAUGUGUCGCCGAGAUCAGACUACGUAUAGGCACGGUACGAUUGUGUCAUUUUUCUUAGGUGUGAUUUGUAAGUCUUGUAAAUAUAAUUACUUUCGAAAUAUUAAUUUCAUGUUAUUCGUGUACCAUAUAAAAAUGAAAGAGCGCAAUACAUUCCAUUCUCAAGGCUGCUUGAGGUAUAGUGAUAUAGCCCACGA